UACGAUAUAUUAUUUUUUUUAAAUCGAUAAAUAAUGGAUUCACCGUACAUUUUUUUCCCUCCUAAAUUGAAGAUUAGAAGACUUAGCAAUACGAAGUGAGAACAUGAACCGAAGGAAGUAUGCAAUUUUGAGGAAGUUACUUAAGGGGAAUCUUGUCUCACAAGAUUUUGACAUACGAAAGGAAGCCGGGGGAUCUUACAUAGGCAUUGAGAGGGAUUUUCCGGCUCAGGUAUCAGAAAACUAUCUUGAAAUCCAUUUCUUUUGGGCUGGGAAAGGGACUUGCUGCGUACCUGUUGAAGGUACUUAUGGACCUUCUAUUUCAGCCAUAAGUGCCAUCAAUAACAACCCAUUCUUAGUCCCAAAUGCUACUACAGAAUUUACACCCAGUUCUAGGAGUAGCAAUGGAAAUUUGAUUGGUCUGAUCGUGGGUAUCAGUAUUGGUGUUGGAGGCAUUCUAUCUGUUUUCAUAGUUUUCUAUAUCAUCCGCAAAAGAAAACGACUUCAAACCAAUGACAAUGAAGAAGAGCUCUUAGGAAUUGAUGUCAGACCAUUCACAUUCAGCUACGCUGAACUAAAAACAGCUACAGAAGAUUUUAAUCCAGCUAACAAGCUUGGAGAAGGAGGAUUUGGGCCUGUCAAUAAGGGAACACUUAAUGAUGGAAGAGUAGUUGCUGUGAAGCAACUGUCUGCUGCAUCACACCAAGGAAAGAACCAGUUCGUCACUGAGAUUGCUAUUAUGUCUGCUGUGCAACACCGUAACCUUGUGAAAUUGUAUGGAUGCUGUGUUGAGGCAGAUAAAAGACGCCUUGUUUAUGAACAUCUAGAGAAUAAAAGCCUUGAUCAAGCAUUAUUUGGAGAAAGAAGUUUGAAUCUCAAUUGGUCAACACGCUAUGAUAUAUGCUUGGGUGUAGCAAGAGGUUUAGCUUAUCUUCAUGAGGAGUCACGACUUCGAAUUGUACGUAGAGAUGUGAAAGCCAGUAAUAUCUUGCUUGAUUCUGAUCUCUUCCCCAAAAUAUCAGACUUUGGCUUGGCCAAGCUAUACGAUGAUAACAAGAGUCACAUAAGCACCGGUGUUGCAGGGACUAUUGGAUAUCUUGCACCGGAGUAUGCCAUGCGUGGACACCUUACAGAGAAGACUGAUGUGUUUGCCUUCGGCAUAGUGGCUCUAGAGAUGGUUAGUGGGAGGCGAAAUUCAGACUCAAGCUUGGAAGAAGAAAAGAUGUAUCUUCUUGAAUGGGCUUGGCAACUACAUGAAGACAACCGUGAAGUCGAUCUUGUCGAUGUCAAAUUAUCAGAAUUCGAUGAGGAAGAAGUAAAACGAGUAAUCCAAGUAUCUUUUUUGUGUACUCAAUCAUCACCUACAUUACGGCCAUCAAUGUCGCGUGUGGUGGCAAUGCUUUUAGGAGACAUUGAAGUGAACACUGUAACUUCAAAGCCUGGAUAUUUGACUGACUGGAAAUCUGAUGAUCCUAGAAGCUUAAGAAAUGAUGUUGCAGCUAGAGGAACUGUUAGCAUCUAUUAUGACUAUUCAGAAAGUUCAAGCAUGGUGGGUUACAUAGAUAAUUCACCAGUGAGUGCUUCUAAACCCAUGCUUGGUAAGGCUAUCAAACAGGGUAGAUGAGAAUUGGUCUAUACUUUUCUUCAUCAUUUUCAAUUCCUGAUUACAUAUAUAUAAUCAGAGAUAUAAUUUUUUGUAAUAUUUUCUUUCUCAAAUAUGUUUGACACCAUAAUUCAUUAUAUGUCAUAGAAAUGGAGUUUGUAUCAAAUUAUGACUGAAAUACUCAAAUUUAUGGCAUUACUGAAGAAGCCAUUCAAAUAUUUCACAUGGAGAUUUAUCUG